UUCCGCGAAAUAGUUUCUUGGAGUUGAGGGAGUGAAGCGGCGCUGCGUGGAACCGGGACACGAGCGUGGCAGGGAGGUGGAAUGGACGUCUCCUCGCCUGCUCCCACUUUAACGACGUGUUGACCCAGAUAUUAUCGGAGGGAAGCGCUGGCGAACUGAAGGAGAAGUGCGGGCCCGGUGUGGUGCUGUAGUUUAGCCGCGCUCCCGAAGGAAACGUUUGCGGGUCAGUCACAUUGAAGGAGACACGUGUGGACUCUUCACCACAUGUUUCCUGGGAGGAAUCGAACCUGACUCUUUUGGGACGCCACCAGCACCACCUCCUCCUCGGACUCGAUAGUUUAUUUUGAAGUCACUACAGGCGGAGCGAUGUCGGAGCUGACGGCUAACCUGCUUCCCAGUCUCCCGGAGGACACCCUGAAAGAGAACCAGGAGAACCGGACUUUACUCAUGGUGGCCAUGAUCCUUCUGGACUUGAACAAAUGCAGCCCCGGUGCCGGACCGGAUGAGAAGGAUCCGGCCCACCGGGCUGAGGAGGGCAGCCGGGGGUCGACUCUGACCAAGCAGAGCAGGAAGAGCCCACCGCGGCGGCAGGAGACUCCAGAGAAGAGGCACGGCUGCCCCUUCUCCGGAUGCGGGAAGAUGUACGGAAAGUCCUCGCACCUGAAGGCCCACCUGCGGGUCCACACCGGCGAGCGCCCUUUCGAGUGCACAUGGCCCGAUUGUGGCAAGAAGUUUUCCCGCUCUGAUGAGCUGACUCGGCACUACCGCACCCACACGGGUGAGAAGCGCUUCAGCUGUCCCAUGUGCGACAAAUGCUUCAUGCGGAGCGACCACCUGACCAAGCACGCCCGCCGCCACGUAGGCUUCCAUCCCAGCAUGCUCCAGGGCCCCGGAGCGGCCAAGAGACGCCGGUGCUCCUUCAGCGUGUCGUCGUCUGACUCAGGGGAGCUGAGCCCCAACAGGGAGUAGCACCUCAGGGUUGGUGCCUACAGGUAGAUGGCGAACGAAGCCAGGACGUGCCAACUGGCGCGCUGCACUACAACCAGCUUGACCACUAUCAGAUCAUCCUGCAAACACUGACGUCCGUUAGAACCUGAAGCUCCUCAAACACGAGCGCCCCGUAAUCCCUGAGGUGUUUGCCUUCGCAAAAGGUCGUUCGGCUCGGUUUGCACAUUUGUAAUUAUCUCAUGAUUUUUCUCAACAUUCUUGAAUUUGCUCGCCACGUUUGAAUGUCAUGGACUCUUAGGAACUCUACAGCUAUUGAGGCUUGUAUUUCACAAGUACAAGUCCUACUGUUGUUGGUCAACACGAAUGUACAUCGCAGCAGUAUUAUCGUGUAAAUAGAUAAACAGACUACCUUCUAGGUGAAUGAUUUACUCAAGAACCCUAAUCUAAGUGUUGUUAGAGAGUUGUAAAGUAUAUUUAAUUUCAUGUGUGUCACUUGAAAGCAACAUAAUCUUUAAAAUGUCGGGGGUCUGUACUAGUGUAGAUUAAAUAGUGUAACGAAAUCGCACCAAAGUACCUUUAGAAAACCUAUAUCUAUAUAUGGAAACCUUGUUUUAGGAGAUUUUAUGAUUUAAAACAAAUGUAAUAGUAAAGGAGGACGGUUGAUGACAGCAGUUACACUAUGAAUUGUUUUAAUCCUCAGUUGCAUAAUUGUCUUACAUGUUUUAAAAGGGAGGUUGUUUUUUUUUUUUUUUUUGAUGACAUUGCCUUUGUCUUACAUCAGUUCAUAUCAGUAAAGGAUACCAGUAACUUCUCAGACCAACAGUGCCAGUUUAAGUGCUGUGAGACUUGACUUGUUUGGAUCACAUUCUGUCAGGGAAUAUUUCGUUUCUAUACACUUUGGUGACAGCUCCCCCUGGUGGUGACGCGGAAGCACAAUGAGCAAUACACUUUUGUAACGGAGCGUUCACAUUCUCCGGAAAUGUUUCUUCAUCCGAUCCGUCAUGUAGCAUGUUUCUAUGGAUUUAUUUGGUACAGUGUUUUUAUUUAUACUGUUUAUAGUCACGGAAUGAGGGGUUUUUGUGUUUUUGUUACCUUGAACUGAAUGCUUUAAAAUGUCCACGCAUCUGGUGGCAAACCACACGUUUGAAAUGCUGUUUAUUUUCCUGACAACUGUGAUUACAUGUCUGUGCCUUUCAGGUCGAAGCCCUCACUUCUGAUACUACUGUACUGUAAUCGGGGAGUGUCAGCGCCAACCCUGCUCACAUUAGCCAUAUUGUGUAAUAAUUUUCAAAUAUAUUAACAUUAAAAUUAUUUUUUAUUUCUACUCCUA